GUUGAAACCUCGGUCGAGUUAUAGUGUCGGUACAUGUACUUUUCACGGAAGCGAUCGUGAAAGUCUUUCACUGUUGCAUAAGAUUGUAUCGGGAAGACGACCCGUGCGUGCCGACGAACAGGUUCCAAGAAUUGAUCAGUGAAUCAGUGGAUCACCAACGAAAGUGUACUCUACCUCUUAUAAACUGGCUAUCAAAAACGAGAAAAUUCCAACGUUCAGUGAAGUGUGCAAACGAGUCGCGCCAGGAAACGGCAAACCGAAAAACGAUCAGAAACAGAUACUCAGAGAUAUGACGCGUUGCCAAAACUUACGCUGUACGAAACAAUCCUACGCAUCAUCUACGAUGACUGACAGUGGCAGUUUAUCAUGGAUCGAACAGAAAGAAAUGCCAAGAUGUCCUAAAAGUACAAUAACUUGCGGUAUGCUACCGACGUUAAGAGCCUUGGCAUCCAAGGAAUGCGAGAACAGCCAGGGUACUAUCUGCCUCGUACCGUUCGACGCUAAUAUGGAUUCCGCCAGUCAUCUACAGAUAAUACUAUUGGAAGCAUAUUGCCGCGAGACGGGAAUCAAGGUGUUGAGAGUAUCCAGAGAGAGAAUACGAGAUCAUCUAUGCCCUGGAAGCGGCGAUUUAUCCUGCGUUCUCAUCUCCAACGACGAUCCAUAUUUCUUAGAUACUCCGGAGUGAAUUUAAAGCAUGAUAAUCUAUCAAGAACGAAUUCUUUUUCGACUGGAUACAGUCACACAAUCGUAUGAAGCUCUGAACCUUCAAGAAGAGUCGUUGGAUGUUAGGAAGAUGACACAGAGAUAGCAACUUCGGCACUGGUACUUUGAAACACAGAUGGUGCUUAUUAAACAACUUUUUGCGUUCGUGUGUCAUGAUUUGCAAAAACCAACGCUUGAAGCCGAAUAGAGCGGCAUUGAUAGCAGACAAGAUUAGCGUUCUAGAGAUAAGAUGGAAAUUAUUGUAUUUCUGCGUACAUCUCGAUCACAAUGAACGGUUCUAAUCGCGAUA